CCCUGCCCUGGUUACCUGAUUCGCUUAUUCUCGGACCCACACACGCGAUUCCUCCAAUCCUCUCCCUCCUUGCUCCUUCCUUCAUACAGAACUACUUAGUACCUAGUAGGACUACGCAGGACUACUAUACUACAUCCUAAGACAACAUCCUCAUCAAGCGGGUUGUCUGUUGGUAGUAAAUCUGUCUCCCCUCCACUAUUCCUCCUUUGUCUCUGUGUCUCAUCUCCUGACACCGUUGCUACUCCUGCCAAAACUCGCGGCACUGAUCUGCUCUGAACCUUCCUGCUGAUCUGCUUCCUACCAACCUUCCAGCCUAAUAACCUACUGCAUGAGAUAUGGUGGUCUGCGUUCAUUGAUCCGAGGAUCACUUGCAUGGUCACAUCUUUACUGUCUUGACGGACUGCAGUAGCAGACGUCACUCACCCGUUCGGUUGUCGACACCUUUUGUGUUCCCUUAACAUCAUGGCGUCAGAAAACACUGCUGUUGAUGCUGAUGCUAUACCUGAGGUAUCAGACAUUCGCCGACGUGAGCUGAUUGAAAAGCUCGGCUCAAUAGUGCCGGAAGUUGAGAGCACAACUUGGGCACUGUUGUGGUUAUCCGAUAUAGAACAACUUGAGGACUUCUGUAGUAUGAAAAGAGGACCACUUUUACUGGCAUUCAGGGCUCCCACCCGUCAGAUCUUAAUGCAAUGGGCCAGUCGUGUGCGUAAUAUAGACCCAGCGAAAACACUAAAGAGAAAACGCUCGGAGUCUAUAAAGGAAACGUGCGUCAUACGGGAUAGAUGUUGUGUACUCACCGGUAAAGAAGAGCCCAUUGAAGUCGCACAUAUAUAUCCGUACGGCAUGAUGGGCAAGCCAAAAACCGAGCACGAACAGUUUUGGCAGUAUCUCGAAUCCUAUUGGGAUCUAGAGAAAAUCCAGAAAUGGAAAAAUGCUGUUCUAGGUGAAAAUGGAACGGAGGUAUUACAGAAUGUUCUGUGUCUCUCUCGGGACUCACAUGGUUUAUGGGGCAAAGCUCGUUUUGCUUUACAACCACUCGAAGUAUCUGUUGACCAUAAAAUCUUAACAGUACGGUUUUUCUGGAUCCCGAUAUCAAAAUAUAUGAAGACGAUGGAUCUUAAGACGAUGCCAUCUAUCCCAUCGAAUCUCGGUCAUACCGGAAAAAGAAUCAAGCUUUUCAACUGCGAAUCAGGAAAGCAAAAUUAUUCAGGUGAUAUUAUAAUAAUUACAACACCUGAUCCUGAUGAAUAUCCUCUGCCGUCUUUUGAACUGUUACAAAUGCAAUGGCUCUUAACUCGAGCAUUGGGGUUGAGCGGUGCCGCCGAUCUUGAUUCGGAAGAUUGGGACGAUAGUGACUCCGAGGAGGAGAUGGAGCUGGUGGAAAGGCCACGAGGUCGACUACACAACUUGCAAGAAAAUGAGCCCCCUUCAAGGGCCCAUAGCAGAGCUUCCAGCAAAGCAGCGACAGCCUCUCGCAAUACAUCGCGCAAUUCAUCUCGCAACAUUAGCAUGCCAGUUGCAAGUCCUCGGCGCUAGGUAGUACAUUGAUGAGGGUCAAAGCUGAGGAACAAAAAAAAGGGAAAAAAAA